CUUUGGUCCAGCGCGACGCCAGCCACCAUCUUUCGCCGGGCUCUCUUCGCAUCCAAGGCGACGUCGAGUCUCCUGCUGCAUUCUUCAAUUCGCCACUCGAGACACAUCCGCAGCAUGGCCACAGCCCAGAACAACCCGCUCCUCGCCGACUGGUCGUCGCAGCCGUUCGAGCUGCCGCCGUUCGAGCUCAUUGAGGCGAGCCACUUCAAGCCCGCGAUCGAGGCUGCGCAAGCCGCGCAGCUCGAGGAGCUCCGCCAGAUCGCCGAGAACCCGGACGAGGCCACGUUCGAGAACACGAUCGUCAUGUUCGACCGCAGCGGCGCGCUCUACGCCAAGGUCCUUGGCGUCUUCUACAACCUCACGUCGUCGUGCUCGCCGCCCGAGCUCCAGGCCGUCGAGAUGGAGCUCGCGGGUCCCCUCGCCGGCUACCAGUCCAAGGUCACGACGUUUCCCGGCCUCUUUGAGCGCAUCGACGCGGUGUACCACGCCCGCGACGCCUUUGCCGGCGAAGACCUUCGCCUCAUCGAGCGCAUUCACUUGGACUUUGUCCGGUCCGGCGCUCGCUUUGACAAGGAAACGCAGGCUCGCUACAACGACAUCAUGCAGCAGCUGGCCGAGCUCACGACCAAGUUCAGCCAGAACGUCAUGACCGACGAGUCGGAAGUCACAAUCGAGCUCUCGGAGGCCGAGAUGGACGGGUGUCCCGACGACAUCAUUGCGUCCGCCAAGCAAAACGCGGUCGACCGCAACGCUGCCGACGGCGUCUACAUCGUCACGCUUAGCCGCUCGAUGGUCGAGCCCUUCCUCACGUACGCCAAGGACCGAGCGGUGCGCGAGAAGGUCUUCCGCGCGUUCACGUCCCGCGGCGAGCUCUCGCCCGAGCGUGACAACAACACGAUUGCGAUCGAGAUUCUCAAGCUCCGCAUCGAGCAGGCGCAGGCCCACGGCUACAAGACGUUUGCCGACUACCAGACGAGCGACACGAUGGCCAAGACGCCGGAAGCCGUCAGCGAACUCCUCAACCGCGUCUGGGCGCCGGCCAAGGUCGCGGCCAACCGCGAGCGCGAAGCCCUUGAAGAGUACGCGGCCUCGAUCGGCGACGAAGCCCACGUCGAAGCGUGGGACUGGCGCUACUACUCGGAGAAGGUUCGCCAGCUCCGGUACGACAUUGACGAGUCGAUGGUCAAGCCGUACUUUAGCCUCGAUCGCAUGGUCGAAGCCGUCUUUGACGUGGCGUUCCACCUCUUUGGCCUGCGUUUUAUCCUGCGUGAAGACAUCAAGGCGUACCACCCGGACGUCAAGGUCUACGAGGUGCGCGAGACGACGGCCGAUGACGACGACAAGCUUGUGGCGAUCUUCCUGCACGACAACUUUUGCCGCCCGUUCAAGGCUGGCGGUGCGUGGAUGAGUGAGUUCCGCACGCAGGGCCGCAACGUCGACGACCAGGGCACGAACGUCAUCCCGGUCAUCAUCAACAACAACAACUUCGUCAAGGGCGCUGAGGGCGAACCGACGCUGCUCUCGUUUGACGACUGCAUUACGCUCUUCCACGAGUUUGGUCAUGGCUGCCACGGCAUGCUCUCGGACGUCAAGUACAACCGUCUCGCCGGUACCGCCGUCCUCUCGGACUUUGUCGAGCUCCCGUCCCAGCUCAUGGAGCACUGGGUCUCGGAGCCCGAGGUGCUUAAGAAGCACGCUCGCCACUACGAGACGGACGAGCCGAUCCCGCAGAGCCUCCUCGACAAGCUCAUUGCCGCUGCCAAGUUUGAUCAGGGCUUUGGUACCGUCGAGUACAUGGCGUGUGCGCUCAUGGACCAGAAGCUCCACCAGCUCGACUCGGUGGACGGCCUCGACAUGCUUGCGUUCGAGAAGGCGGAGCUCGCCAACCUCGAGAUGCCGACGGGGAUCGUCAUGCGCCACCGCAUCCCGCACUUUACGCACCUCUUUGCGAGCUCGGGCUACGCGGCGCUCUACUACGUGUACCUCUGGGCCGAAGUCCUCGACGCGGAUGCGUUCGACGCGUUCUUGGAGUCGGGCGACGUCUUUGACAGCGCGACGGCCAAGCGUGUGCGUGAAAACAUCUACUCGACGGGCAACUCGGUGCACCCGAUGGACGCGUACCGGGCGUUCCGUGGCCGCGACCCGGUGAUCGAACCCAUGCUCAAGAAGAAGGGUCUUGUCUAA